ACAAACUCCCCUCCCCCCCAAUUCCUUGACACCCUAAUCAGGACUAGGCUGCCCCCUUGCGGUCUCUUUGAUAUUAUAGCUUCAGUUAGCCCACAAGUCCCUGAGCCCUAUCCCCUUCUCUUCACUGUGCUCUCAGUACUGCAAGGGGCAGUGAAUAGUAAACUCUGGACCACCCUCCCUCCUUCAAAUCUCCAGAGGACAAAUGAAGAAACUGAAACUGAACAAAGGCAUAAUCUAGGAGAUCACGGACUUUCGCCUUUCCGUUUCUUGUUCUAAGAAACACAGAAUUCAGGGCGCAGGGCCCGAGGAGCCCAGAUAAAAGUCAGGAACAACCGAGUUGGGCUUUGACCUCUGGAGCCCUGGCGGGCUGGCAUCUGAGCUGGUAACGUGCGUGGAGGGUUAUGUAAGGAAAGGACUAGAAGAGCCGCCCCAGCGGGAGCCGGAGAGAGGACGCGGUGUUCUCGGCAGCAGUCCCCACCCUCCUCACCCAGCAGGGCAGGAGGCACCCAGCUUGCAGGAGGAGGGGAGGGUGAAACAGAGACCAGGGAAUCACGAGGGGUGAGCUGCCGAGACGGGGAGAGGAUAUACAGUGGCACACAUCCAUUCUCUCACACACGUUGCUGACGCAACUCGCUGAUGGUUUCCACGUGCUGCACUCGUGAGAUGAGGCUCUAAAAGAGGGGGCAGAGGGGUCGGCUCCAAGGAAGAGCCAGGAGUCCCAAGUCUCGAGGUUCACUCCUCAAAUCGCACAACCAGUCUGCACACGCCAGUUGCACCGCUCCAGGCGCGCCACCACCCUAUUUAAGGCCACAGGCUCCGCCCUUUCCCUCCCCUCCCUUCUUUUCCACUCUUUUUCCAUCCUCCUCCUUUUCUCACCACGGGGUCCUCCUCGCUAGCCGCAUGUAGGGGCGGAGCACGAAAUGCUUACCUUCCAACCAAUCGUCACCUGACUGCCUCUCUAUUGGCCGAGCCCCUGUAUGCUGUAGCAAAUGGAAUGUGAACUUCAGUGACGCGAGUCACGUGCCACCGGCUAGACAACCAAUGAGGAUGCGAGUUGCAGGUCCCCAUCUUUGGGUACUACGGGAGCUGCCCUAUGGAUUCUCCAUCUAGCGUUUCUUCCUAUUCUUCCUACUCUCUUUCUUCCUCUUUUUCCACCUCCCCAGUGAACAAUGACUUUGGCUUUCCCUCCGAUAGUGAGGGGGAAGCCAAGUGGGCCCAUGGCCCCAAGCCAGACACUGUUGGGCAGAGGGGAGGUUCUUGGCCCAGCCCCGGUCCUAUCCGCUGCAGGCAACGACCCAAGGUUUCCAGUAACGGACGUACAGCAUCUCGCUCGGAACAGCGGGGCUUGGUUUCUUCUAUGUCAGGAUCUGGGGUCAAAAGAUCAAGAGACGGUGAACUGGAAAUCUGUCUAAACAUCCAGGGGUGUACCACAGAAGGAGACCUGCUCUUUGCUCAGAAGUGUAAAGAGCUCCAAGGAUUCAUACGCCCUCUCACAGACUUACUGAAUGGGCUGAAGAUGGGUCGAUUUGAGAGAGGAUUGAGCAGUUUCCAGCAGAGCGUGGCAAUGGACAGGAUUCAGCGUAUUGUAGGUGUUUUGCAGAAGCCACAGAUGGGAGAGCGUUAUCUAGGAACCCUGCUACAGGUAGAAGGGAUGUUAAAGACUUGGUUUCCUCAUAUAGCUGCCCACAAGUCAUCGCUGGAUAGUAGUAGGCACCAGCUGACCCAGCAUUCUCCAAACCACCACGGUUACCCAAUUGCGUCUUCUUCUACACCUUUCAUGGAAAAGAUGGACCAGACACAGCUAGGGAAGCUAGUAUCGAAACCAAAGCAGCCUUGGCACCUCACUGAAUGGCCAACUAUGAAUCUCACUUGGAUCCACACCACUCCAAUUUGCAAUCCCCCUCUCAGUUCUCCAGGUACCAUCUCCUUUAGCCAUGGUCCUGUAGGCACUGGAACCAGCAUUGGUGUCAUCCUUUUCCUCCAGCAUGGAGUACAGCCCUUCACCCAGUCAGCUCCAGUCACUCCAGUUCCAUCUGCUGCAGCAUCUCCUGUCAUCCCUGGUGAACCUAAGAAACUAUCUGGAGAGGGGCCUUGUUGCCACAAUUUGCCAGUGACUCUGCCAUCAGACUGGAACUGUACCCUACCCCCUCCUGGCCUACCCACCAUAACUGGAGCGAUGACCAUGGGACACCUGGAGCAGAUGGGAAGGCAGUCGCCAGCUGCUCCUGAUGUCUACCCUCUCAACCCCUAAUCCAGGACUUAGCAUCGUAGUUUCUAAUUUGUGUAAAUAGAUGUCUUCCUGCAUUUUUUUUUUUUACUUUUAAUGUGUGUAUCUGUGUUGAGGGAAGAGAAAUCCUUUCUGAUUAAAGAAAUUUUGUACUAAACAGUUUGCUGAGUGGGGGAAAUUUAAACCUUCUGCCUCCAAUAACAAUAUUUAUCUUCUGAGCUGAACAGAAAAAAGAGGAUGGGAAUGUUUGUGAACAUGCGCUCGCCAGAUUAGAAGUCUGGAUGGGACAAUAUACGUCCUAUGGUAGAAGAAAUUGGACUCUCUGUUGCUAUCUUUUCUAGGGAAGAUCCUUGAGGCAGAGCUGGGUUUGUUCUUUCAUUCAGGCUCAGAGACUAGUACCUUUCCCUUUGUGUCUCUCACUCUUGUAAUCUUCCAGCUGGCCCAGACUAGCAGGUUCUACUGCUCUGGGGUAGCUCUUUGCUUUGUUGCGAGCUGUUGGCGCUUGUGGAUGAGUGCAUAUGUAAUCUACUGCUGCCAGAGGAGAGGUACAAAAGCCAGAACAGCCUUUGUGGUUGCCAGUUUUGAAGAGGAAGGAGUGCCUUAAAUCCGUCAGAAUGGGAAGUCCCCUCAGAUACUGGGCCUCAUCCUUAUUCAAAAAGCUGCAGCUGCUAAGUGGGUGCUACCCAGUGUCAUCAGGAGGCAAAAAUGAAGACUGUGAAUUUACCUAUAUCUACCCUUUUCCAUGUAUUACUACUCUUUCUGACUUGUCUCAGUUUCCACCAAAACCAUGUCCUCUCCUAUCCUAAGCCUUGGCAAUGUAUCAGACUAUUCAGUCAUUUUACUAACUGCUUAUUGGCUACUUAACAUGUUUCUCUUAGCUAGUUUUACAUCUUUCACCUAUUUUUCAAGUCCUUUGUUCUCAGUGAAUUAUUGUCUCCUUUUAUGUCAGACAGCAUGACCUCCUUUCUAAGGCAAACUUCUCCAUUUGUGUUUUGAUUACCUUUCACCUCUGGAACUUUUGCUGAAUCACUUAUCCUCUCUUUAUCUUGUAACAUCAAUUUGUUAUUGAAUUGUUUAUUCUUUCUUUCUCCUACAAGUGUGAUCAGGUCUCUCCUUCUUGAGAAAUCUCUUGAACCUGUUUGCCCUUUCUCAUCUUUUCUCCAUAAUUCUUGACACAGUAGUCUAAUUGUACUCUUUCUCCUUUUUACCACUCAGUCCUUAAACUCUUGCAGCCUAGCUCUACUACACUUUCUUAAGUUACCAGUGAUCUUAUAGAAUCAGAGUAUUAUAAUGUAGCUUCCUCCAUCCAAUCAGUAGCUAGGUCCAGGGGCCUUUACAAAGGCUAUGUACUUCAUACUCUCUUAUCAUUUGAUGCUCUUGGUAAAGCCUACUGAAACCCUCCUCCCUCGGAUCCCAUGACAGCACACUAUCCCAAUUCUUCUCUUACCAAUCUGGCAACAACUUCUAGGUCUCUUAAUAGCCUCACUUCUGCCCACUCCAGAGUGUAGGUGUUGCCCUAGGCUCAGUCCUUGGCUUUUUUCUCUGACUACAUUCUUUCACUUCAAGGUUUCGUGUCUUUCAUGGCUCUAAUUAUUGCCUCAACUUAGAAGAUAGCUGAAGCUUUAUCUCCAGUCCCAGCCUUUCCCCUGAGAUGGCAUACUGAAUGUCUCCAUUUCUGCUGGAUAGUUCCAUUUACAUGUUAUUAACACUUAAAACUUAUCUAAAAUUGCAGCAUUUUAGAGCCAAGAGGGUACCAUUUGUAUUUAAUUCAACCCCUUCAUUUUAUAGAUGAGGAAACUUAGGGAGCUUGUGUAAGACAAUACAAUGUAUUGUACGGAACUCUUGGUUUCCAGCCAGGUGCCUUUUCUGGUGUUCACCAAUCAAAAUAUUAUCCUUCCUUUAGAGAUGUCCUGUUCUGCUUUUUUACAGUCUCUUUUUCUUCUAUUGAUGCUAUCGAUGGUACCAUCAUUUUUGUAGAUAAUGAGGCUUAAAAUGUGGUGCUAUUUAUAGUCACCAAAUACUUUUUAUUCUGUGUUUGGAAUGUUUCUUAAAAUCCAUUUCUUUCUGUCCAUUCCAUUGCCACCUCCCUGGUCUAAACCUUGAUUAUGGCAAUAACCUCUCUUCCUUCUCAUACUUUCUCACUGGUAACUAGAUUAAUUUUCCUGGAACAUUGCUUUGCAUGUCAUUUCCUAUUCAUUGGCUCUCCAGUACUUUGAGAAGAAAGUCCAAAACCUUUAGUCAAAAUCUGUUUCUUCCUCUACUCCCCUGCAUAAUUUUCCUGUUCCAGUUUAUUUAUUUGCCCCUGAACACUGUAAGCCUUUUUGCCUCUAAACUCUUGUUCAUGCCGUUUACCUUGCCCAGCCUUUCCUGCUUCUGUUAACUAAACCCUGCCCUCUUUUCAAUGACUAACUUAAGUCCUUCCCCCAAUUAUUCUCCCACUAAACAUGAUAUAUGUGCUUAGUCUUUGGCCCUUUACCCCAUCAAAUGAAAUCAGUUACAUAAAAUGCCUAGUACAAGGUUUGGUAUAUAGCAGGCUCU